AUGGAAUCUGGGGAGACGGAAGGGUUUCUUUCGUGGUCAUCUGGUUCUUUUCUCCGUUCGUCCUCUUCUCAAUCCAUCCUUCGAAGGCGAUGUUGCGAUGCUCUCUGCUAUGCUGCUGCAGUCGAGGACCAGUUGCCCGUUCGGGAAGUCACGGGGCUGGCUCACCGCCCAACGCGACGAGCGGUAAACAACGCGAUCUUCCUCUCUGCUUCUUCUGUGCUUUUCUUCCUGCUUCAAAGUUCAACGACUUUGCCGUUCUUCGAGUUCGAGACCAGCGAUCUGUGCUCAGCCGCCAGUCGAUCCUGUUCCGCCAGCAGCCAGCAGCGGCGAUCGGGGGCUCUGGUGGAGACAGCCCACGCCCUGCUCAGGAGAGGACAGCAAUCCCCCGUGCACGACGCCAGCUGGCCCAGCACGUCGCGUCUGGACGAUGAGCCAGGCCAUCGUCGCCAGCACGCCCAAAUCAAAAUCAUGCUGCAUCGAGAUGGGGCGGGGCGUGGAGACAACCCCCGAACUCUAAUUGCCGCGAUCCAACUCCUCGCGGGAGUCGAGGCUCCCAGAGCACGACUGACGCUGCAGUUCCUCUCCUGGCAGACUCCUCGAUGCAGACACUCACACUGCUCCCGUCGUCUCUUCUCGCGGCCUCUGCUGAUGGAGAACAACAGCAAUCCAGAGCAGUCGCCGCCCGACUCGGCUAGCCAGCCACGUGCCCCGGCGUCCGACAACGCCACGCCAAACCGUCCCAAACGGCGGCGUCGAGUGCCCAUCGCUUGCGCCAAUUGCCGCCUGCGCAAGACGAAAUGCGACCAUAUCGUGCCCAGGAACGUCACGGACAAGUCGCUGGCCGGGCUGACGGCGAGUGCACAGGAUUAUAUCCGCUCACUCGAGUACAAGUUGAAGCAGUACGAGGAGAGGUUUCGAGAUCAGAAUGCUGCUGUCCACCGGGCUUCUGUUGCCUCUGAGAGCACGGAUGCGUCGUCGACGACCCCGAGACAGGCUCCCUCCGUCAGCCAGCCUCCUCCGCGGCCUCAGCGAAAGAAACCCUCCAUCAUUGCCGCAAGCCCGCAGAUCUUUCUCGGAGGCGAUUCGGGCGUCUCCUUCACCCAGCUGAUCCUCAAUGCCAUGAAUCCCGGUGGCUGCGACCGCCUGCAGGCGCAGUCGUUUUCGUCCCCCAGAGAACAGCCCGGACAGACGAACGACCCCGACCUCUACACGCUGCCUCCGGAUGUCCGCGACCUGAUCCAGCUGUAUUUUGAUUUCCACUAUGUCCUGUCUCCCAUCUUUCAUGUUCCGUCCAUCUUUGCCAAGUUUGAAGCCGCCUUGACCUGCGAGCCGUCCAAGCGACCAGAGCACACCUCCACGUUGGCCAUCAUCAACAUGAUCUGUGCCAUCGCUUCUGCCCAUCGACGUUUUCCGGCGGAGACUCCCAUUUCGCAGACCAGGAAACUCUACGACAGAGCCAUGGCCCUCGUGGGUCCGACCAUCCUUUACGAUUGGACCCUGGAGAAGGUCCAGAUCCUGUUACUGGGCGCGCGCUAUCUCCUGAGCUCGAACUAUCCCGACGAAUGUUGGACCGUUCUGGGACUCGCCAUCCGCAUUGCCCAUGGUCUCGAGCUCCAUCGUCCGCCUCCGGACGGCCUAGAUUAUGUGACAAAGGAGGUGCGGAAACGGGUCUGGUAUGCCUGUUAUGUCACCGAUCAGCUCCUCAGCACCAUCUUCGGACGGCCGGCAGCUACAUCAUCAGUUACCUUCACGACGCCGCUUCCCGAAGAUCUGGAUGACGACUGCAUCCAACCCAACCGGCUUCUGUAUCCGUCGGACCGGACGCCGUCGGUCGUGUCGUUUUCGCUCCAAGUAGCAAAACUAUACAAGCUCAUGGAGGAAGCUUCGUCUCUCGUGGAUCCCCCUUUGGAGAGGAUCCUGCAGUUGGAUGAGGCUUUCGAGGCUUGGUACGCCCAGGUCCCGCCCGAUUUCCGGAUCUACGACCAGGAAACGAUCAAGGACGACAAGGCCUUGAUCCUGGCACUGCGAGCAAACAUGGUCCGAAUCCUCAUCCACCGACAAUCCCUCGUGUCGACCCUGAGCUCUUUGUCUCAAGGGAGACGCACUACCAGAUCAUCGGACGGUCUGAGGACAAACAUGCUACAAAGCAGUCGACAUAUCUGUGUCCGUACUGCGGAGGAAACCAUCCGGCUGGUGGGCCACCGACACGAUCGAACCAAGAAAGCCGUGGGCCCGAGUUGGUUCAAUCUCUACUAUUUGUUUAACGCAAUCCUGAUCAUUGCUUCUCACGUUGUCGACCCCGAGUAUCGAGACGACAAGGAAGCUUUGUCUCAUCUAGAACAGGCGAUGUUCAUGAUCCGGCAAUAUUCUGCCAACCUCGCCUGCGCACAGAGGGCUUAUAUCUUUCUGCGACAGCUUCUGGAUCUUGUGGACAAGACGUUGCCCGCAAAUGGCCGGAAAACAACGGGGCCCGCCGAAGCAGAGAGUCACGGCUCAUCUGUGUCGGCCGGCGAAUCGGUUCCCCCUGAUACGGGAUACGAUGCACAGGCGUCACGGGACUUUUUCGCUUUCUGGGACAACACGGAGGAUCUCACUAUGGCUUUGGGCUCCCAGCUCGAGUCGUAUACCGCGUUGGGUUCGGAGAUGUGGUCGUGGGGGUUCGGUCCUUCGACCGAUGCGAGAAUGUUCACAGCGACGCCGUCUAGUAGCAUCGUACCGUGA